AUGCUCCUUAGCAACAUCCUACUCCUUUCUGUGGCAUCUGUGGCCUCCGCAGGUGUUGUACACGCCCCCCUCACUGCCCGGUCAAUCUCCGAGUCUCCCCAGGUCGCUGCUUAUCUAGCCAAACGAGACAUUUACCAUGCUACCCCGCAGAUGGGUAGAUUGUAUUACGAGACGGAGCUCGAGAUUGGAACUCCCCCGCAAGUGGUCAAGGCCGUCUUUGACACCGGAUCUCCCCUGCUAUGGGUCCAUGGCUCCAACUCCACUCAGUGCCUGCAGGGUCAUUGCCAAGGCAGCUUCAAUGUAUCCAAGUCGUCCACCUGGCACUACCUCAGUGAGAGCAACAACUGGGGCGGUAUCGGCAACUGGGGAAAUGAAACCGUCUCCUACGCCGGCCAGACCCUCACAGACUUCGAGACCUGGGUUUCCAAGGGAGAUCCGUACAUGUGGUUUGAAAUUGGCAUCUUUGGCCAGUCAGGAACUGAUGAUCCUAGACAGUCAUUUGUUCAAGGUCUGGCCGACUCAGGAAAGAUCUCACGAGCUGUCUACUCUCUCAACGCCGAGAAACCCAUUCUUUGGAAUAAACCGUCCAGCAAAGGCACCGUAAACAACGUCUACUAUGGAGGUUAUGAUCGAGCCAAGUACCAGGGACCUCUGACGACCAUCAAGUGCGAUCAUCAUAACGGUUAUGCCAUGCCUCUGGGCGGUAUUUCCAUUGAGGGAAAGCGGGUCAAGACCACCCGAGACUAUCAGAUUGUCCUUGACACUGGAGGAAUCAAUCUUACCCUACCUAAUGGAACUAUCAAGGCUCUGUCCGAGGCCUACGGCGGUAAUGGCGUCUACGAAGCUCCUGGUUACUUCAAGUGCAAGUGUGAUACUAACCCCGUUGUUACUCUCAACUUUGGAUACACCGAUAUCGACAUUGAUCUCAAACCCUACAUGCUGCCUUCUCCCCAUGGAGACUGCUGGAUUGGUGGCAUCAAACCUGUUAGUGACGAUACUGAUAUUCUGCUUAACGGUCCUCCUGUCAUCUCCCAGGCUUUGGUUAUCUACGAUAAUCACAGAGACACCAUCACUAUUGGCAAGGCCAAGUUCACCGACGAGUCUGACGUGGUUGAGAUCACAGGAGAUAUCCCCGGAACUGUCAAUUACGAGGAUUGGUUAGCUGGUAAGCCUCUUCCUAGUUCUGUUGUCUCGUCGACCACUACCUCUUCGGCGGCUUCCUCCACUGUUCAGAGAUCCACUCUCGCCAUCGUUACUACCUCCCAGCCCAAGGAAUCUGCUCAGCCUGAGGAGUCGGCUCAGCCCGAUGAGUCUUCCCAGCCCGAAGAUCCUUUCGACUUCUGUGAUCUCUUUGGUAUUUUCUGCUAG